AUGGCUUCAGUUUUCACCUAUGACCCUAACCCUCCAAGGGUCUCAUCCCCGUGGAUCCCCCCAAGUGACCUGCGUAAGCAAGACGCCGAGGGUGGCCGAGGCCCCCCAAUCCCUGGAACAACCCAAGUCCAGCCUGGCUUGCUCUCCGAGUAUGGCGUCACUAAAUUGGAGGCAGAGCCACAGAGUGGUCCAACCGAAUACAAGCUCCACCUACUUCUAAGACAACGGAGAGUGUUCAAGGAGAUGAGCACAGCAAAGCCAGGAUCGCCAGCUUCUCGGUCCCAGGGAGGUGGUUCUUCUAAGCCCCCGACUCCCAGCCUAGUCUCCUCCAACCAGCCACGCCAGGAAAGACUCCAGCAUCUGACUACCCAACUUCUAUGGAGAUUGCAACAGUCUUCCCCUUAUCAUGCUUCUAGUUCCAAGGAGCUGGCCCUUCCGAGGCUACCCGACGACGCCGUGGAUCUUACCGUCCCAGUCAAGCUCGGCAAGCUCGUUCCUGGUCUUGAGGAGUCGCGAGGUGCUUUGUAUGAGAUUGGUGUUUCCGAUGAUGGAACUCUCAUUGGUCUUACCAAAGACGAAAUGGACGAGAGUAUCGCUACACUCAGGGUCAUGGCUGCCAGCCUGGGUUGUUCUGUCGAAGUUCUGCGCAUGGUCAUCGUCGGAGACUGCGAGUGGGUUGAAUCGGCAGAAUUGAUCGACAACCCUGUUACAGCACCAGCUCAAGUCACUCGCAGCGGUAAGUUAUGGGUUGCAGAAGCCCUCGUCAUGCCCAAUCUCGGCUUUGGGGAUGACACUGAGGAAAGCUCCUCUCUGACGGCUCUCAAGCCAGGCCAGGCAUCCGUGGAGAGCGUUGCUGUUCCCAGCCGCGGGAGCUCUACAACGCCACAGUUGAGAGUCACUUUCACUGGCCCUACGACCUCCGGAAAAUCUAGCCUACUUGGUACGCUUUCAACGGGAACCCUGGACAACGGUCGUGGAAAGAGUCGUCUUAGCUUGUUGAAGCACCGACACGAAGUCGUCUCCGGAAUCACCAGCUCCAUAGCCCAGGAACUUAUCGGAUACAAGGAUCGGGCCAUCUUGAACUAUUCUCACGGAAACAUUGAAUCAUGGGUGGAUAUCCACAACUGCUCCGAGGACGGCCGCCUGGUCUUCGUUUCUGAUUCGGCAGGACAUCCUAGAUAUCGGCGUACAGUGCUCCGCGGUUUGAUGAAUUGGGAGCCUCACUGGAUCAUACUGUGCAUCGCUGCGGAUGAUGCGGAUUCGCCCUCCAGUGAUUAUGGCACAACAUCGUCAGCACAGGAUGUGCUCGGCGUCGCUGCAGCGGGGGUGGAUCUCGUCAAGGCUCAUCUGACGUUGUCACUUAAGAUGGAGGUUCCUAUGGCCAUUGUCAUCACAAAACUGGACCUAGCCUCCAAGAUAAGUCUUCAGAGAACCAUGAUCAAGGUUUUAACUGCCAUCAAGGACGUUGGGCGAGUGCCCAAGAUUCUCCAGCCCGACCAGAGACAGCAUGAGGAACUCAAGGAGGUGCCCAUGGAGGACCAUGUCAAAGUCCAGGAGCUCCUGAAAGGCAUCUCUCAAAGCGGCAAAUUGACUCAACUUGUUCCGAUUGUGCUAACAAGCGCCGUCAAGGGCAGUGGAGUUGGUCUGAUGCAUGCCCUCUUGGAAAACUUACCAUUGCCUCCUGCGCCCACAUCUCGCGAUUUCGUGGGCAUGGCCUUGAAUCCAGAACAACCAAAGUGUCUCUUUCACAUCGACGAUACGUUCAACUUGCCGGCUUCCUACAGCGCAUUGGCUGGAAACUCAAGAAAAAAUGCAGAUCAAGGUAUUGUGGUUUCUGGGCACCUCCGCUUUGGACGUUUCUCUGUUGGCGAUAAGAUCGUGAUUGGACCAUUCCCAUCCGAAGACGAUGAUCCGCGGGGCUCAACGCCAGAGGACCGGCCGUCUCCCGGCAGCUAUGGACUCUCAAUAUCCCAUCCGUCCUCCGCGGAGCUGGCCCGAAUAGCAAUGAAGAACGCAGUAUCUGCGUCGACGAUUGCGGGAGAGUGGCACGACGCGCAGAUUGUCAGCAUUCGCAACCUCCGGCUCCCUGUGCUAGCCCUUGAAGCCGGACAAGCUGGUUCAAUCGGCCUCGUACUUCAAUCUUGUUCAGUCGAUCAACAAAACGGCACCUCUGGAUUCGCACAGCCCUCGGAGGAUAUUCCCCGCAUACGUCGAGGCAUGAUCCUGGCUAUUCCCUCGAAACACAUGGCAGACACUGGGCUGAAGCUGCAGGCAGCCAGCGGAUUCACUGCAAUAUUCAAUGACCCCGACACUGAGACCCUUGCUAUUGGCUCUUUUGUUAACAUCUACAUUGCCAGUAUCAGGACUGUGGCUCGAAUCCGUCGUGUCUCUCGGCAAGAUCAGGGCUGGGAAGCUGGUGCGGUGGCGACUGACGAAAUCGAUGAUAUAUUCAAUCUCAAUGAUCCUGCAGUCGAGACUGUGACGGAAAUAGGACGAAAGAAAAGCGGAACUGAAGUUUCUUUAGAGUUGCUACAUCAUCGAGAGUGGAUUGAGUUGGGUUCACGGGUGAUACUGUUGGAAGGCGGAAGUCAGGAUAGAUCUGGCUUGGAAGGAUUUGUGGGCAAGGUGGUUGAGAUUGUUGAUUAA